AUGGCGCUGCGGCAUGACGCGAUGGAACCUAACUUCUUACCAGCGGACCCACCGCCGCUGUCCGAUAUCCAAUACCAACCACGCAGCGAUCUAGCCACGGAAUACUUCAAUACGUUCAACCAGAUAUGCGAGAACUACCGGCCGGAGUCUGAGGCCAACCUCCGGCAGACGUCGGACUCGUUGCGUCUGACUACGCAGAUCCUGGAUGGUGGUCACGGUGAAUUUAUUAGUACGGACUUUUUGAACGAUAAAGCCAAGCAAUCACGGACCGAGUACGUGUCGGACUUUGGUACGGAAAAGUUUUUAAGUGGGAAAGAUGAACACAUAUUCCAAUUCGGACAGCCCGACGCUUCGGCUCUGUUGAGGCAGAGAGCCAGGCGGAGAUAUAACGAGGAGCAUGGACUGCAGGUGCCUCCGGCCACAAGUCAGGAGAGUGGGUACGGCAGCGAUGAGUUCGGGCACGACUCACCCAGCCGGUACGCGUCGCCGAAAGGCGCGGGCGCUGGGGCGUCGUACCAGGAGCCGUACUACGCGGGCGGCGAGUGGGGCGCUGGCUACUACCAGCCUCCUCCCCCCUACCAGCACGACCCCUAUGCCACCUCGCCAGGCAUAGCGGGCACAGGUGGUGGCGAGGCGGGGGGGGCGGGGCCGGCGGGGGGCGCGGAGCUGCCCCUGCCGCCCAUGUCCUCGUUCCGAGCCGCCGCGCCCGUGCAUUCGCCCACAGACACUAUGCUGCUGACCAAGCCGCCGCUACAACCGAUGUACGGCGGUGCGGCCACGAGCGGAGCGGGAGCGGGAGCUGGAGCGGAGGCGGGCAGCCUGUCGUCGUACGGCUCGUCGCCCUCCACGCCGGUGCACUCGCCGCCGCCGCUGCACGCACGCCUCUACCCGCUCAAACACUCACCCCACCAUCCCCACCACAUGCACCACCAUAAUGGACAGCAAGCCGCGGGGUGGGCGGGUGUGUCCUCGCCGCCUGGUGCAGGCGUGGGAUCCGUAGGCUCCGUGGGCUCGGUGAGCGCCGUGGGCAGCGUGGCCAGCGUUGGGCCCGUGGGGUCCGUCGGACCCGUGGGCGCCGUCGGAACAGUAGCCAACGUCCUACCCAAUGGGCACCAGCAUCACGUCGCCGUCUUCCCGCACAAUGUAAUGGGCGCGCCGGCCGAGCAGCGCCAACUCGACGAGGCCAUGGUGUUCCUGCGGGACCACUCCGACAUCGUUGGCGCGAGAAUGGAAGAGAGACUGGAUGAUGCCAUCAAUGUGCUUCGUAACCAUGCCGAGGCGCCCGAAUUAUAUCCCCACGAUGUACACCAUCAACCGCCUACAGCAGGUCGAUUAGGUCCAUUGGGACACGCGCCUCCCGAACCUCCCGUCAAGUUGGAACGCCACCUGCUUCCAAAUACAAAGAAACGCAAGGAGCCGCCCGAUUCCUUAGAAGCGAAGCCGUCGUCCUCGGCGGCGCCGGACCUGCCCGCCAAGCCGCCCGCCAAUAAGCGUUCACGCAGAUAUGGUUGUGUGGCGCGCAGCUGUUCGUCGGCCGACGAGGAGGACGUGGACCCCGACACCAAGGCCGCGCGCGAGAGAGAGCGCCGCCAGGCCAACAACGUGCGGGAGAGUCUAAAGAUGGCAUUUGACGAUAGUUGCUCGUCGGCGGAUGAGGGGGACGAUGAAACGGACCCCCAGGCGAAAGCUCUAAGAGAGAAAGAAAGGCGGCAAGCUAACAACGCACGAGAAAGGAUAAGGAUAAGAGACAUAAAUGAAGCGUUAAAAGAAUUAGGUAGGAUGUGUAUGACGCAUCUGAAGAGCGACAAGCCACAAACGAAGCUCGGUAUCUUAAAUAUGGCUGUAGAGGUCAUCAUGACUCUAGAACAGCAAGUCCGAGAACGUAACCUAAAUCCAAAAGCGGCGUGCUUAAAGCGACGCGAGGAAGAGAAAGCUGAAGAGGCGCCCAAAUUACUAGCGGCGCCGUUACAACAUUACCAGCCUAUGCCGGGCUUGGGACAGCUGGGUGGUCAGCCGCCUACGGGAGGACCGCCGCAGCAAUAG